GCUCUUUUGGAAGCACAGCAUUUUUAUGUCAAAUGUGAAAGACCUCAAACACCUUUGCUGCCUUUCUUACUACAGGUACCAGCUUCUGGUUGGGGAAAUCGCAUUCUACGCUGACGAUUACUGGGAGAUGCUCAAGAAUAUAAAGGAAGCCAAAUUUAUUCUACCGCAGAAUCUCUCUAUUGAAGCUGGGAAACUGAUGGGCAAGAUAUUUAGAAUCGACCCACGGGAUCGCCCGUCACUAUCGAAUGUCCGUCGCCACAAGUUCUUCACAAAGGGCUUCACUCCAAAGGCACUGCCAGCUAGUAGCUGCAAUACACCACCACAGCAUAAAGCAGUCAACCCAUUCAAAAAGAUUUUCAACCGUUUCAUGCGCCUGAUACGAAAAAAGCGAUCCAGAGUUGAGCCUUUACGGGAGGAUGCCGAGCAGAGUGGACUUGAGAUCCCCCAGCCUGUGGAGUCACUCCGUGUUCUAGAGGAUGUCAACAGACCAAUGAACAAAUUGACCUGGUCCAGUUGGUCAAAGUGGUUGAGGGACCUGUAGGCAGGCUGUACUCAGCAAGUGCAGUGACGCCCCACACCUGAGUGCCUCCCCCAGCUCCCUGUCCACUCCUGUUUCAAUAAAGUUCUUUUGUGUUUCAAGCAUUCAGGCAUGGAUUCAGUUUUUUUCUUGUAUGAUUAUG